AUGGCAGCUGAAGCGAAGCGUCUGAAGGUAGAUGAUGGUUUAGGCCGCCUGCAGGACUUCCUUCAGUGGUGUGACAAAGUUGGUCUGGUCCUCAGUAAAAAGGUUUGUGUGACCACAGAGGGAACAGUGGCAGAUUAUGGGAUGGUGGCGAAGGAAGACAUAGAGGAAGGGGAGGUUUUGUUCACCAUCCCCAGAUCUGCUCUUCUCGAUCAGGAAACGACAAAGGUUUCAGCCUUGUUGAAGAAAGAGAAGUCGUCUCUGGAGAGCUCCUCUGGUUGGGUGCCCCUGCUGCUGGCUCUGCUUUACGAGUCCACGUCAUCUCAGUCCCACUGGAAACCUUACCUCUCUCUGUGGCCUGAUUUCAAAGCACUGGAUCAUCCCAUGUUCUGGUCUAAAGAGGAACGAGACAAACUGCUGAAGGGAACAGGAAUCCCAGAGGCAGUGGCAAAAGACUUAUCCAACAUCCAGAGAGAGUACAGAGACGUAGUCCUGCCUUUCAUGACCAGACAUCCGGAGCUGUGGAACCCCCACACACACACUCUAGAGCUGUACACACAGCUGGUGGCAUUCAUCAUGGCCUACAGCUUCCAGGAGCCGCAGGAGGAAGAGGAGGAUGACGACGAUGAGGAGCAGGAGAACAAGGCCUCCAGCCCUCCGAUGAUGGUCCCCAUGGCAGACAUGCUCAAUCACAUCUCCAGCCACAAUGCUAAUCUGGAGUUCAAUCCAGACAGCCUGAAGAUGGUUUCUCUGCGAGCCAUACGGAAAGGAGAGGAGGUGUUCAACACAUACGGACAGAUGGCCAACUGGCAGCUUCUGCACAUGUACGGCUUCACGGAGCCGUAUCCAGACAACAGCAACGACACGGCGGACAUUCCCAUCUCCUGCCUUUACCAAGCUGCCAAGCAAGAUAUUCAGUCUGACGCCGAGCAGCAGCUUUUCAAAGAGCGCCUGGAGGUUUUGUGUCAGCUGAUGCAGGAGAAUGGAGCUGUGGUGUUCGGUAAACGGGGCUGCCUAACAGAGUCUGAGCUGCACGCUGCACUCAAGCUUCUGUGCAUGUCACAGGACGAAUUCUCAGAGUUCAAAGACAACGAGGGAUGGGAGGAAGACGAUGAGGACGAGGAAAAGAUCUCCCAGGCUUUCUCCAACGAGGAUCUUCCAGAUUUAAAGGCUUCUUGGAAACGACUGAUCCACGAGGCAGCCCGGCUCACGCUGAGGUCGUACGGGGAUGCAGAGAUGGAGAGCGAACGGCUGCUGAUGGAGGACGAAGCGGCUCGUAAAGGCCUGAGCAGCAGGCAGUGGAGGGCUCUGCAGGUCCGCUUUGGGCAGAAGAUGAUCCUGCACAGACUGCUGGAGCUCACCGCGUCCUGAGCUCUGCUCUGACAAACAGCACUGAGCGCAGCCACUUUCUGACAACAGUGAAUAAACAUCUCUCUCUCUCUCUCUC